UUUCAAGAACAGUUGGUUUCUAAAGACCUGAAUCGAGCAAUCUCGUUGUAUUGGGCUGCGAUUAAUGCUGGAGAUCGAGUUGAUAGUGCAUUGAAAGACAUGGCUCUAGUUAUGAACCAGUUGGAUCGAACCAAUGAAGGAAUCGAAGCUGUCAAGUCUUAUCGAUAUCUCUGCCCUUUUGAAUCCCAAGAUUCCAUUGAUAACUUGUUACUUGAUCUCUACAAGAAGUCAGGGAGGAUUCAAGAGGAAGCAGAGUUGCUUGAACGCAAACUGAAAACACUUGAGCAACAAGACACGCACUAUGGUGGUAGGAUCAUAGCUGUGAAAAGAAGCUACGGGAAGCAGAACAACAAGACUAUCGAGCAAGAGAAAGCGCGGAUUCUAGGGAACUUAGCUUGGGUUCACUUACAGCUUCAUAACUAUGGAAUUGCAGAGCAGUAUUACAGGAACGCUUUGUCUUUGGAGCCUGACAAUAACAAGCUGUGCAAUCUUGCGGUCUGUUUGAUACGUAUGGAUAGGAUCCUGGAAGCUAAAUCUCUGCUUGAGGAUGUAAGACAGUCUCUAGGGAAUCAAUGGAGCAACGAAUCAUUUUGGAAGUCUUUUGAACGGGCUACUGAUAUGUUAGCAGAAAGAGAACGUGCCACAGUAGCGGAUAAUCCAGAAGAAUUGUUGAGAAGUAGCUCUGCAGAUAACAUCUCUUCAAGGUGUUCAGGUGUGAUUAAAGAAAACGAGGCUCUAGCUGGAACUAGCACAGAAGUGGAUAACAUUUACAAGACGAACUCGCACGUUUCCUCUGAAUCGGUUGCACAAACCUCGCCAGGUCUGAUUACACAACCCCGGGAAUGUAAAUGGGGAGGAGAUGGGGAAGUAGAUCAGAGAAAAUGGAAUGUGACAGUUGGUGCUGCUCGAAGGCUAAGGUUUGGGAAUCAUUAUGAGAAGAGCGUUGAAACAGAAGCCUCGACUACUAAAGGGAAGACACUGGGUCAGACUUUGAUUGACGUACUGCAUCAAUUCAUCAGUGGUGGUGGUGAUGGAGAUUGCAUGACAAGCAAAGCAAGGAAGUUGUGUGCAGAUUUAAUCAAAGAAAGGGAAGAUAACGAAAAAGCAUGUCAGAGAACUGCUUCAGAAUCUUCUUCAGCUUAGCCUAAUAUGAAGGGCAUUGGUGAAAGAAAGGCUUUUAGCGUUGGUCAAAGAAGUGUUUAGGCGUGGCUUUACUACACUACACUACUAAAGGAUGUAUAGACAUUAAACAAUAUGCAAAGAUGACAAUUUUUUUUGGAACAUUUUAAUAAAGUUGCUCAAAAGUGACAUGUACCUUUAAGCUUUUUUUUUUGCAAAAUGCGACAUAAACUUGAAAGAACAAAAGCAAUAUUUUUCCACUGACAAAAACAAUAAGCAAUACACGCAAAAGUUAAACAAAUCCAGAACGAGAAUGGGUUUCAAUAACAGAA